AUGCCAUCGCAAAAUUCGUCUGAUUUCGUUGCGAAAUGGCUGAUGAAGCUCAAUCCAUUCGCACGUAUCACGAUUGUUAUCUCGGGCGCAAUUUUGAUUCAUCUCUCAUUGGGCACGUAUCACACAUUUGGCAAUAUGUUACCUUAUAUGGCAUCCUUCAUGCGUAACUACACAGAUCCCACAAUAACCGUUGAGCAACUUGUGUGGAUUCCGACGUUUCAAGGUUGUUUCCCGUUUGCGAUGGUUAUUGGAGGUUAUUUGAGUGCACGGUUGGGGCCAAGAACAGCCAGUUUUAUUGGAUGCUUAUUGAUGGUGAGUGGAGUAAUGCUAUCGUUCUGGACAAUUCAAAAAUCGCUAUUAUUAUUCAUACUCACUUACGGUUGUAUGUUUGGGCUCGGACAAGGCAUGGCCUAUGUUAUUGCAGUCGCCUGUGCUAUUAAUUGGGCUCCAGAGCAUGUCGGUUUUGUGAGCGGUGUAGUCGCAGCAGGAUUUGGUAUCAGUUCAUCGAUAUUCACACCCAUACAAACAGCCAUCAUAAAUCCAUGGAAUUAUAAACCAAAUCGUGACGGGUACUUUCUUGAAAAAGAAUUGAUGCUACGGGUACCACCUGUAUUUCUGACGUUAUCAAUUGUAUACGCGAUAAUGCAGGCUAUUGGUCUUAUCGUCAUAUGCGAUCCACCCAAUACGGUUUACGAUUUGGAGCCACUGAUGGACGAAGAUGAAGAGCCAUGCAAAGAGGUUUCGAUGACAACCAAGCAGAUGCUCAGCAGCUCAACAUUUUACUUCUUAUUUAUCGCUCUCUUCUGCAGUUCAUUUUAUGGCAAUAUGUUUUAUAAUCUUUACAAGACGUACGCAGAAACAUUCAUCGAUGACGAUAUGUUUAUGGCAUUUGCGUUUAGUGUUGCGUCAAUAGUGAAUGCGAUCGCGAGAAUUGGUUGGGGCAUUCUGACCGAUAAAACAAGUUUUCAGGCAUCGUUAUCAAGCGCCACAUUAUUGGCCACAACUUUAUUGUUGACAAUGCCAAUGACUCGAACUGCUGGCAAAUGGGUUUAUUUCCUUUGGGUACGAUUCUGCUUCAUUCUUUAUUAUCAAUCUUAUUAUUGUUAG